AGCGCCCGGAGCUUGUACUGACUCUAUCGGCUCGUCAUGGCGGCACAGACCCGGGCUCUGGUGUCCUGUCAGUGGCUGGCAGAUGCUAUCAGAAACAAUCUCGUCGGUCCCAAACUUCGCAUCCUCGACACGUCAUGGUACCUCCCGAAAACCAAGCGCAACCCGAGGGCUGAAUUUGUGCAAAAACACAUCCUGGGCUCCUCGUACUUUGACUUGGACGAUUGCAGCGACAAGACCUCUGCUUUUGAUCACAUGCUGCCAACUUCCAGCCACUUCUCCCAGUAUGUAGGAGAUCUGGGUAUUGGGAAUGACACGCAUGUAGUAGUGUACGACACCAGUGGCUUUGGGUCGUUCUGCGCGCCCCGGGUGUGGUGGAUGUUCCGGUUGUUUGGACACAGGUCGGUAUCGGUGCUGGACGGGGGCUUCAAGAACUGGCUGGCUGAGGACCAUCCGGUGUCUUCUGACUACUCCAAGCCGGAGUUUAGGGAGUUCAAAGCGACCCUGAAUGCUUCGUGGGUGAAGAGCUAUGAAGACAUGCUGGAGAACAUUAGGACCAAGAAGGUGCAGGUUGUGGAUGCCAGGUCAGCAGGUCGAUACAGGGGUGUUGAACCGGAGCCAAGAGACGACACACUGCCGGGUCAUUUCCCCGGUACCAUCAACAUGCCGUUCCCUUCCUUCAUGGACUCCUCGGGGAAGCAGCUGGACACUGAAGGCCUGUCCAAACUGUUCAGCGGGUCGGGGGUGGAUCUGCAGAAGCCGCUCUGGGUUACCUGUGGCUCCGGGGUCACGGCCUGCCACGUUGUUCUGGCCGCUGAUGUGCUCGGUUACCCAGGGGUGUGUGUUUAUGACGGCUCCUGGUCUGAAUGGUUUAAAAGGGCAUCUCCGGAGUAUAUCAUCUCAGAGGGAGAGGGAAAGAAGGUGUGAUAAGAAGCAAGGCUCUUAGUUUUACAAGGGAAAGCUGCCAACAGGAGAGAUAGAUAAAGAGUAUCACAGUAGCCUCAUAGUGUACUUUCUACUGAUUCUGGGGAGAUAGUACACGCUGUAUGCAAACAUUCAGCCCGUUAUGAAACUUAAUAAUUAACUAAACUCGUUUCAGGAGUUAAUAAUCUACUCUACUUAUCCAAUGUAUCUGACUUUUUCUUCUUAGGAAAGUUUCAUAUGUUAGAACGGUUUAGAAUAUCUGGAUAACAUGACAGUUUUGUUUGUGUCUCAAUGUAUCGUAGUUACAGGACUCCAACAUGUAUUAAUAAAGGACACUUUUGAUUUUAAUAAGUGCAAUUUCAUGAUGGAAGCAGGUCAAGUUGAUAUAUCGAUGGAUUUUACAAAUGUGAAAAUAAACGGUUACAGCCUG